AUGCUCGCCACCUCUUCACCUCUUGCAGUCAUGGUUCUCCAAGUCCUCUUCACUCGUACUCGAUUCAAUUUCCCGACGUACGUGUCCAUAACAAUAGUCACUAUUGGGCUGAUAUUGUGUUCCUUGCGAGAAAUGAACUUCCACAUUCUGGGCGUCGUCUUCAGCAUCGCCUCCACGCUACUUCGCGGGGGCAAAACUAUUCUCCAGAAGAGGCUGCUCUCUUCUGAAGAUCAGGCCACAGGGAAAGAAGGUUCACAAGUGGUACCCACGAUCAGCUCCGUUGCCCUGUUGAAUCUCAUGGCGCCACAGGUGAGCCUCUCUGGUGCUCUUGCGAGAUGCUAUCCUUCCUCUAAGUGCCUCGCCAUCCUAUUCGUGGCCUCCUGUUCAAUGGAAGGGCACUUGUGGAUUCUAUUCAACUGCCUUAACGCUUGUCUCCUCAACCUCUCUAACUUCAUCACUGCUUCUUUCGUAUCUCCCCUCACCCUUCAGCUGCUCGGCAACGUCAAGACCGUCCUUGGUAUCUUCAUCUCGGCGCUGAUAUUCGGUAACGCAGUGACACCCGCACAGGCCGCGGGCUGUGGCGCGGCUGUUGGUGGGGUCUACGUCUACCAGAGGUGGAAGGGCUCCCGAUGGUUGAUAAUCACGUUGUUGCACCUGUAG